AUGUCUUUUCAUACUGUCGUUAUCGAUGCUCAGCUUGAGCCAGCUAAGGUUAAAUUUCAUUCUGUUCAACCACAGUCGUACGUGGAACGAUAUUGGCUUGGUAAAGUCGAGGAAAAUCGCGACAUUAUUGACGAAUCAUUUAAGAACUAUUCGUCCUUAUACACAAUUGCCAAUGGACCGCAUACCGAAACGUCAUCGAAUGCUGUUUUACAAGCAUUUGUUUCGGCUUACAAUCAACAUCAUGACAUUGUUCUAUCGCCUGACGAUAUGUGGAUGGUUGUAUGCAUGAAAUUUGCUGAAUAUGUCAAUAAAAACUCUGAGCAACUCCGUUCACUUUUUGUUGAACAUGAAGAAGGAAAAAUAAAAUUGACUGUUCAAGACUUCCAGAGUGAAAAUCAGUGGGAUCACUUUUUUGAUGCGAUGAAGGUGGAGAUCGCGAAAAAUACUAAAGGUGAUGUGUGUCGUGUAUUGACCGCUGAUUUUACAACUACAGGCAAAGUUGAAUCGAUCCUUUCAACGGCAUGCAUUAUGCAUGCAUUCAAACCUUACUUUGACUAUAAUCGAAUGAUGUGUAUCUGUGGAAUUCGACAAGUGCAUUUUAUGGGUACUCUUGCAGACUGGCAGUCGCUCUAUGCUAAGACACAACAAUUACAAUUAUUUAGUAACGGCGAAUUUCGCACCUAUAUAGAAGGUGUUUUACCCAUAUUUAAGGAAUUUAUUCAAACUUAUCAAGGUAAUGUGAAUAAUGAAUUUUGGAUCAAAAUAUGUGACAUCACUCGUGACAUGGGUCUGGAUUAUGGCGGUGGAGGAUCCGGAAAACUGAUUACUGGUUGGAUCUUACAGUUAUUUGGUUUAAAGGCAGGUGAUAUUCGUGAUCCAGAUGAUAUAAAACUGCCCAAUAUUCGUGUUCCGGUCAAGCUUGAAGAUGAAAAAAGUGGCAAGGUGACGCAGUGUUAUAUCGUCGGAGGGUUUCAUGGUAUUUAUUCGACUGAAAAUCGACACAAACCGGUAAUGAGUCUAUCGGUCAUUCAAGAGAUCCAGCCGUCUAUGUCAAAAGAAGAAAUGUCGGCUAAAGACAAAGGUGGACAUUAUGGUUAUAUAUAG